AUGGAUACUACUAAUCUUUUUCCUAAUAAGCUAUCUUCUAAUGAUGCGGUUUCUAUGAUUCGUGCCAUUACUGAUAAUGAGGUUAAGGAUGCAUUGUUUUCGAUGGGGGAUGAUAAGUCGCCAAGACCUGACGGUUUUUCUGCUGCUUUCUUUAAGGCAGCCUUGGAUGUAAUUGGGACUGAUGUAAUGGCUGCAGUUAAGGAUUUUUUUCAUUCUGGUAAACUUUUGAAGGAACUCAACCACACUAUUAUUGCGUUGAUUCCAAAGGUGGCUGCUCCUGCUCGUGUCACUGAUUUUAGGCCUAUAUCUCUUUGUAAUGUAUUGUUUAAAUGCAUUACAAAGAUUAUAGUCAAUAGGAUGAAAGAGAGCUUGAAGUCUUUAAUUAGUGAGAACCAGUCUGCUUUCGUUCCUGGUAGAAGGAUAUCUGAUAAUAUUUUACUAGUUCAGGAACUUAUGCAUAAUUAUCAUCUAGAUCUAGGUCCUCCACGAUGUGCUUUUAAAGUAGACAUUCAAAAAGCUUAUGAUACUGUUGAUUGGGGCUUUUUGAAAACUAUUUUGAUUGAGUUUGGGUUUAAUGAGCGUAUGGUGGCAUGGAUAAUGGAAUGUGUUUCAUCGACUACUUUCUCUAUUAGUAUUAAUGGGAUGGUUCAUGGAUAUUUUCAUGGAAAAAGGGGUCUUCAUCAAGGUGAUCCGCUUUCUCCAUAUUUGUUCACCUUAGUAAUGGAGGUUCUUACUCUUAUGCUGAAACGACAGGUUACACUCUCUGGUACUUUUAGAUAUCAUAAACAUUGCUCGGAUGUUGCUAUUAUUAAUCUUUGCUUUGCGGAUGAUUUGUUUAUUUUCCUCCAUGGUGAUUCUGAUUCUGCUCGUGUUAUUAUGAAUGGUUUGAACGAGUUUAAGAAUGUUUCUGGUCUACAGCCUAGCCUUCCCAAGAUUUUUGCUCUUCCUAGUCGAGUUAUACAUGAAAUUGAACAAAUGAUGCGCAAUUUUUUAUGGAGUCAAGGGUCUGUAAAAAGGGGUGCAUCGAAGGUUGCAUGGGAAGAUGUUUGUUUGCCAAAAGAGGAAGGGGGUCUUGGUAUACGAAGACUUGCUACUUUCAAUACUGCUCUUCUCUCUGCUCAUAUUUGGUCUAUAAUAUCAUUGAAGGAAUCUCUUUGGGUUCGCUGGAUUCAUACUUACGAACUACGUGGUAAGUCUUUUUGGGAGGUUCCUUUAAAAGGUUGUGUGACAUGGGGAUGGCGAAAGCUUUUGCAAGCUAGGAACCAGGUUAGGCCUUUUUUCUACACUCAAAUUGGUGAUGGUUUAAGCACAUCGGCAUGGUAUGAUAAUUGGUGUUAUGGCCCUCUUAUUUCACAUAUAUCACCAAGGAUCAUUAAUAAUGUUGGAUUUCAUCUUAAUACUAAAGUGGCCGAGGUUAUUGAUAAUGAGGUAUGGGCAUGGCCAACUUCUUGGAACACGUUCUUUCCUAACCUUGUGCCAUUCCCUCUUGUAAAUGGGGUUACAGAUCGUGUUUUCUGGAAGAAUAGAUAUGGAUUGUUAUUACAAUUUUCGGUUUCUGUUGCUUGGGAGGAUCUACGACAGCGAAGUAACGAAGUCUCUUGGCAUAGGCUGGUUUGGUUUCCUCAAUAUAUUUUGAAACAUUCUUUCAUUUUAUGGUUAGUUAUGAGACGCAGGUUGAAGACCCAGGAUCUGUUACAGCAAUGGGACGUCUCAACCUCUAAUGCAUCGCCAUUGUGUUCUUUAUGUGGACAUGUAGCUGAUUCCCACGAUCAUCUCUUCUUUGAAUGUGAUUUUUCUUCUAAGGUGUGGGAUUCUUUGAAGAUUAAGGCUGAAUUACAAGGUACUUCUCAUGAAUGGAAAUCAAUUAUUACUAAUAUGUCCGGGAGGGCUUCUUCGAAUUCAAUUGCAAAUGUCGUAUCUAAAUUAUUGUUAGCUGCUACUACUUAUUACGUAUGGCAAGAGCGCAACCAAAGACUGUUUGGAAGCAAUAGAAGGACGACACAUCAAUUGGUGGAUGCCAUUGUUCACACAGUUAGAUUAAAGUUGAUGACAUGUCGGUUCAAGAAAACUAGGCGUGUGGAGCGGUUUCUGAGUGCAUGGGAUCUUCCUGUUUCUUUACUUUGCUGUAUGGAUUGCUUGGAGGAAAUUUUCUUAAAUCCAAAUGCGCCGGAAGGUGUAAAUGAUGAGUUUGUGUACGAAGAGCCCGAUGAUGAAUUUGAAUCCCCAGAUGUCCGUGCUGAAUUUGAUUACGAUCACGAUGUUUUUUAUACCAAGGAGGUGUUUGACACACACAUAGAUUUGGUAGACUAG